CCUCUCCCCCGCUCACCACCGAUCACGUUCACUCAUGGCCUGAUUGCAGUCGUGCUCUGCCGGCCAGCUGCUGCCGUCCACCGCUCGAGUCGCACCGAACCCGCUCCUUCUCUGUUGCUCAACAACCUCCCACCCUUCGCCUCCCACCUUACCAAUCACACACAUCUCUUGCCCAUCAUGCCCAAGGCUAAGCGGCGUGGCAAGCUCGCCACCAUCAAACGGCGUAUUGGCCCGCGGGAUGCACGGCUGAAGAAGAACCAGGAGAAGCUGGAGAAGAAGAUCAAGGCGAGCAAGGGUGACGAUGGAGCGCCGCUUGUGAAGAACGCGCCCAAGAUGUCGUCUGCUCUGUUCUUCUCGUUCAACCAGCAGCUCAAGCCGCCGUACUCGAUUCUGCUGGAUACCAACAUGCUCGCGCACUCGGUCCACACCAAGCUCGACAUCAUCCAGGGCAUGAUGGACUGUCUGCAUGCCAAGGUGGUGCCCAUGAUCACCGACUGCGUCAUGGCAGAGCUCGAGAAGCUCGGCCCCAAGUACCGGGUGGCGCUUCGGCUGGCCAAGGAUCCCCGGUUCAAGCGUCUUGUGUGCGACCACAAGGGCACGUACGCUGACGACUGCCUUGUCCGCCGCGUCAUGGCCCACAAGUGCUACCUCGUUGCCACCCAAGAUCGCGACCUCAAGCGACGCAUCCGCAAGAUCCCUGGUGUGCCUAUCAUCUACAUCUCGCGCCGUAAGUACUGUGUCGAGCGCAUGCCCGACGCCUUUGGCGACUUUGGCUUCUGAUGGCGAGUCGGCAAGUUAAAGGCUUUGCGGGCACCACGA